AUGACGGCCCCAGCAGAUGCGAGCUACUUCCGUGAGGAUGUCCUCGCCGGCCGUGUGGCUUUGGUCACUGGAGGUGGCAGCGGCAUCGGCUUUGAGGUCGCACGCCAGUUUGGCCGGCAUGGCUGUGCAGGCGUCGUGCUCGUCGGACGCAGGCCUGAGUUCUUGCAGCAGGCAUCUGCUCUGCUUGCCGGGGAAGGAAUCAGAGUGGCAACUGCGGCUGGCGACGUCCGAAAGCCAGAGGACUGCGAGAAUGCCGUGAAGGUGGCGACGGAAACCUUCGGCGGGCUUGACAUUCUCGUGAACGCGGCAGCAGGGAACUUCUUGGCGGCAGCCGAGGAGAUCUCCAGCAAAGGCUUCAAGACCGUCAUGGACAUCGACACUUUGGGCACUUUCAACAUGUGCCGCAGCGCCUUCGAGCCACUGAAGUCCUCUCGCUUCGGGGGGGUUGUCGUCAGCAUUACCGCGACGCUUCACUACACAUCCACAUGGUACCAGGCCGCUCCGGUAGCAGCGAAGGCGGCCAUCGACGCUCUCACCCGCACUCUGGCGCUGGAGUGGGGUGAAUAUGGAGUGCGGUGCAACUGUGUAGCCCCGGGUCCCAUUGCGGACACCCCCGGAAUGGAGAAGCUGAGCGGAGGGAAGAUGGACAAGGUGGACUUGAGCCAUAUUCCAGCCAAACGAGCUGGCACCAAAGCAGAGAUUGCUGCUGCUUGCAUCUUCCUCUGCCUCAACAAUUACAUCACGGGCCAGAUUCUGCCGGUGGACGGUGGGGAGUGGUUCGGCAAGAAGCCUGUCAUCCCCCGGGAGAUGGUCUCCAAGAUCUCUCGGGGAGUGGAGAAGCAGUCGAGAGCGAUGGGUCCUGGGACGGCAAAGCUUUGA